AGACAAAAUGUAUUUUUCAUUCACAACCCCGAAUCCAAAUAGUGAAUCAUGUUUAUAAAUAAGUGAAAAAAAAUUAACGAACAUCAGGAAAUGUGUGAAUUUGUGUAAUCAAAAGAGGUGUGCAAAAUGUUCAUAGAGUUCUUGUUAAUUCACAUUAAGUUGGACGGCAUGAGGAGAUUCCGGACAGUAUAAAAGCCAGAAUCUUGGCGAGUAUCUCAACAGAAGUGUAAGUCACUCCUAUACUUGAAUAUCCAGUACAAGUCAAGUGCAAACAAACUACCAAAAUGACCAAGUUCUUGUUCGUGUCAAUCUUUGCCAUUAUGGUGGCGUACUCUUUGGCUCUUGAUCACUACGAUCAUGGCCAUGGAUACUUCGCUCAGGCUGACGACAAACCCCAGGGAAAGCCGGCGCCGGCGGCUUCAUUCAGGGCUGACGGACAUGGUCACUUCGCGCCGGACCAUCACCACGAUGACCAUAGAUAUUUCGCUCAGGCUGACGACAAACCCAAAACCAAGCCGGCGCCGGCGGCUUCAUUCAGGGCUGACGGACAUGGCCACUUCGCGCCGGACCAUCACCACGAUGACCAUAGAUAUUUCGCUCAGGCUGACGACAAACCCAAAACCAAGCCGGCGGCUUCAUUCCGGUCUGACGGACAUGGCCACUUCGCGCCGGACCAUCAUCACGAUGGACACAGAUAUUUCGCCCAGGCUGACGACAAACCCCAGGGAAAGCCGGCGUCACCGUCUUCAUUCCGGUCUGACGGACAUGACGACCACCGUUCUCUUCAUCCUGAUCAUCAUGAUUAUGGACACCCAAAACACUACUAAAGUUUGAGAAAGGGUUCCAUUCCGUGAUCCAGAUCUUUUCUUGCCCAGAUGAUGACGAAUAUGUAUAUAACCGUUCUUGCGCUAC